UUUAAUAAUACGAUGUAAUGUAAGAUAAUAAAAUGUGAGGCUGGAUGAACACAGCAGGCCCAGCAGCAUCUCAGGAGCACAAAAGCUGACGUUUCGGGCCAAGCCCCUUCAUCCAUUAAUAGUACGAUGACUUAUUUGAAUUGAAAGAGGUAAAAUUAAAUAUUCCAGAAUAAAUUAAUGCUGGUGGACAUGUGGGAUGUUUAGCAGAAAGAGCUGCAGGCAGAGACGAUUGGAUGAAUGGCCACAGCACGGUGAAGCUCCCUUACGGGGCCUAGUCACAGGGUCGAUUAUUAUGGUUUCUGAAAAAGCCAUAAUUCAGUACACAUUUCAUGUUCCGUGAAUGUGCAGGUUGUUUGCCGAAGGCUCCCCAUUUACUGAAGGACUAAGUUGCCCGCUGGAUCCCUGACACAGCGAGACCGGAGCUCCGCGGGCAGCCACUUAGUGCCGUCUCCGCACUCUCCAACGGUGCGAUACCCACUACCCAAAUCAAUCCACAGGCGCUGUUUUACUCAUGCGGUGUCUGUGUUGCUGCUGCCCUCAUCCCGGAGCACAGUUCCCACAGGCAGACAAUGAAUGUUCAGGCUCAUGCUUUAGUUUCUACAAUAAGUGAAACAAAUGGUAUCCCAGCAAGGUUUGCAGAACUCAUCAAGAAACAUUUCAAAAUCAUCUGCUAUGAAGAAUUCCUGAAAAAUGCAAAACAGCUUGCUGAUAAAAUCCAGGUCAUUUUUACGUGGUAUCAUUCUCCCAGAAUAAAUGAAAAGCUUCUGAAAUCUCUACCAUGUUUGAAGGCCAUUGUAAAUCAUGGAGUUGGUGUGGACCAUCUUGAUUUAUCUCUGAUCCACAGCUUCGGUGUGAAGGUAGCCAACACUCCUCAUGUGGUGGACAGUGCUACUGCUGAAAUGGGCAUGGCCCUAAUGUUGGCAUCUGCCAGGAAUAUAUUAGAAGGUCAGCGGAUUUCAACUUCUCCAGACACUAAAACUUAUCCUUUGAAUUGCUAUGGAGUCGAGGUGACUGGAGCUACUCUUGGGAUCAUUGGAAUGGGACGGAUUGGAUACAAAGUUGCUCAAAAAGCCAAAGGAUUUGAUAUGAAAAUUCUGUAUCACAACAGGAACAGGAGGACUGAGGAAGAAGAGAGGCUGGUUGAGGCUUGCUACUGUGCAAAAAUUGAUGACCUCCUCCAGGAGUCAGAUUUUGUCAUGAUAGUAGUAAACCUGACUCCGCAAACUACCAAAAUGAUGGGAGAAAGAGAGCUUAGACUAAUGAAACCCAAUGCGACUCUCAUUAAUAUCUCCCGCGGUGGAGUGAUUGAUCAGGAUGCUUUGGUGAAAGUGCUUCAGAAUGGAGUUAUUCGUGCAGCAGCACUAGAUGUUUCUGAACCAGAGCCCCUUCCGAGGACUCAUCCUUUGCUACGCUUAACAAAUGUCAUUCUGACUCCCCACAUUGGAGCUGCCACUGAAAAGACUCAUCAUAUGAUACUGGAGAAAAUGACUGAAAACGCUUUGGCUGCUGUUCGUGGUCUUCCAAUGCCUAAUGAAGUUCUGCUGUCAUGAUGGGUAUAAGCAGCAGAGAUGUAGUAAUUCUUUGAUUCUAGUGCAUUGUAGUAAUGAUCACCUCUGCAUCAGUUUAUUCAAGACAAGAGUUUUAACAGCUGUAGUGAAGAAAUAAGCUUUCUAUACCCUAUGGUCACCCAAAAUAAUACUGGGAUAUUCCUUUUCCUUCCUUUCUUAUUAAUUCAUAAAUGUCAAGCCAAUUCUUACAGAGAUCCACAAAAAUCUUCAUGCAGACACAAGAUGAAAAAUGAAUUGACUUAACAAGUAAAACAUUGUGAUCGUAAUUCUGCCCGCCGAUGCUUUAUUCAUCAGACCCAGAACAGGGACAAUACUGAGGAGGACCUCUGUUCAUUGAAAUAUCAGCACAGCCUGGUGAUGAGUGUACAGCCCCUUGACAUUCACUCCCUUACCACCUUUACCCCAUCCCCCAGCCAUUCCUCAUCUCCUCAUAUCCUUGAAUCCAGUCAUCCAGUAUCUGUGAUAAAAAUAACUCUCACCCUCUGUAAUAACAUUGAGAAAUCCUUGGGAAAGUGAUAAAUCAGAUAAAAUAAAAAAAACUCGAAUAUCCCUUGAAAACCAUGGUCUCUGAACAAAUCAAAAUUUGUAAGUGUAAGAAAGCUCAUAUUCUCUUUGACCAUUGUGAACUACCCCUGCUCAGCAGAAUCAAAUAGUUGAUUUGAAAGUCAGCCAACUGUUCAUAGUGAGAUUCCAUUGAAGAACUGAGUCUACCAACUUUCCUAGGCUGAAUUCUGUCAAGCCUUUGAACAUAAUCAGAGGCCCAACCAUCUGUCAAAGUUUUAAAACCAAGAAAAUGGAUCAAUUUAACUUCAAGGAGACAAUCAAAGCUAUGGGCACAUUUCUCACUGCCAGCCCAGGAUUUCAUAGUGGUAUAUAUGAAGGUGAGAAGUUGGAGCAACAGUAUCCCUUUCAAACCCGCUCCACCAUUCAUUAUGUUGUGGUGGAUCUGAUUUUAGCCCCAAUUCACAUUCAUACCUACCUGGAUAACAUUUGACUGCCUUAGUGGCCAAGGGAGUACAACAGUUCUACAACCCAGAGUAGCACGCUAUCCAAGGAUGAUGUACUCCAAUACUUCUGAAGACUUUUUCCAUUUUCACAAUAAUGUGAAUUCCUUCAUCAGCUUGCCAGAUGUCAGAGGUUGGCAACCUGGCAACCACAGUAUUUAAUGAUCACUCUCUUUUCUGACACAAGCUGCACUACCACUCACUGUAUUAGAAAUGGGUAUAAUCAAUGAUAUGUCAUGGCUAUGAAUUAGAGAACAUCUUUUGUUUGACCUUUCGUACAAUUCCCAUCUUCAAACUGUGGUUUCCUGUAAUUUGUAAUAUCUGUCCAUACGAUUUACACUGCUUUCCAAAACUGGCCCAAUUCCAUCAAAGUUUUUGAAGGUUUGCAAUUGAGAUGACAAAUUCAGGGCAAUAGAGAGAGGGCUCCAUACCUAUGCUCUUAAGCCGCACCACUGAAAAUUCACAAUGUUGGGAAUCCCACAUUCAUGUCCUGCACACCGUUUUUGAAACCUCCUCAAUGUACUUCAGACACACAUUAGGGCUGGAAAAUCCAGCACACUGCGCUGCAUGGUCUAGGGUGAGAUAGUCAUCAGAACUGGCCAAUGGUAUCCUAUUUCAAAUUAUAUGGCACUGAUUAAAUUCAUAAACAUGAAAAUAAAGUUCCCACACUCCAGAGAUUCACAGUGGCCAGUACUUUACAGUGUAAGAAAAUUGAUUUUAACUGCUUCAGCAAGAUUUUGUCCCAUUAUCCAAUUUUAUCCAGAGAUCAUACAUGCAGAUCAGCACAUCAAAUGUGUAAAUUAUAAUCUUUUUAGUUGAUAACAUCCUAUCCUGAGAAUGUUAAUUAAACCUGAUACAAAAUAUGUUUUAUGGAAUAGAUUAAAUCACAUAGAUUAUGAAUGAACUGAAAGGCUGCAGUGUGAAUGUUUAAUUUUUGAUAUCAUUGUAAUUGGAUUAAAAUAUAAUUCUAGAUUUUUGUUCAUGUUAUGGUGUGCAAAAU